CGUUCCUGUGAGUUGUCUAGUGAACAAGUUGACUCACUCACAGACGCCAACAGGCCAUGCUAUUAACAUAAUGGGUAUAAAUUAUAUUCAUUUCGGAAGCUGACUAUAUCGUUCCUUCGCCGCUGGCCGGUAAAAGAUAUGCUAUCACUCCCUCUUGUACUUCUCUCUCUCCACGCGCUAGCCGUGUACAGUGCUCCUCCAAUAGAUAGCGAUGAUGCCGCUAUCCUACGACGAGGAGGAACGAUACCUGGUCUUACACUCCGCCGCGAAGAGUAUCAUCAACUCCAAAAGCGUGCUGUCUCAAUCUGUGGUGUUGCCGCACGGGACGCCUCUAAUAGCGAUUGUACAAAGAGGUACCCAUCAAACCUCCAUAAACGAGGGCGAAAGUCAUCAAAGACAACACCAGGAUACUACCAGGAAAGUAGUGGAUCGAGCGCCGGGGCUGGUGGCAGCAGCAGCCCAUCCGAAUAUACUCAGCAGACGAGUUCUACUCAGCAAAGACAAGACCUUCAGGACGACCAGGAUAUGGAAGAGUACGAGAAUCAGCAGGCCAUGGGCAAUCACUGUGAUCAUCUUGUCGAGUUGCAGACCGUGUCAUAUGUUUUGACACCUUAUUGUACCAACCCAGGCGUCUCUCAUACCAGAGCGACCAAUAUCGUUCGACUUCUAAAUGAUCCGAACAGAAACUUAUACCUCAUCAGGGGAGAUGUCAACUUGGCUAAAGGUGCCGCGACCAAGCGCGCCAUUCUGAGAGCGCAAGACGGACGCUCUCUGGCCUAUGCUAGUAGAUUUGAACAGUCCACUUGGAUUGGUGUCGUUGGAUAUCUCGAAGCCAAGGAGUCCGUCGCACGCACUACUGCAACUGCGAUUAAAACUGCUUCGGGCCUGACUCAGAAUGUCGAUACGGCUAUACAUAACAUAUACCGAGACACUCUUGCAGUUGCACGAGCAAUGCGUGACUCGUUUGUUUCCAGCCAGCAGUCGAGCCAACAGGGAAGCCAAGGUGGAAGCCAAGGUGGAAGCCAGCAGGGCGGGAACUCACCGGGGCAUCAGAGCGAUGGUGGCACUUCUACAAGCUCGGGCUUGAGCGACGUCCAGACUCAGCAGGUCACGUACAACGGCCAUGCUCUGACUCUGUAUUGGGUUUCGGAUGCCUGGCAUUAUGUGUAUUACUAUAACGGCCGGGGCACCUACGUAGAAUAUACUUCCGCAAACUUAGCCCAAUGGCCUCCAGCUUAAUUUACAUAUAAUAUACAC